GUGUGUGUGUGUGUGUGUGUGUGUGUGUGUGUGUGUGUGUGCGCAAACUGCAGCUUGGGCCUCCUACAUGACCAACUCUCCAACUGUGAUAGUGAUGAUUGGGUUGCCCGCUCGAGGGAAAACCUACAUGUCCAAGAAGCUGACACGCUACCUCAACUGGAUUGGAGUGCCAACGAAGGUAUUUAACCUCGGCGUCUAUAGGAGAGAGGCAGUGCAGUCCUACAAGUCCUACGACUUCUUCAGACAUGACAAUAAAGAAGCAAUGCAAAUUAGAAAGCAGUGUGCUCUGGUGGCCCUGGAGGAUGUCAAGGUCUAUCUGAAUGAGGAGGGAGGCCAGAUCGCUGUUUUUGACGCCACCAACACCACCAGAGAGAGGAGGGAGCUCAUCCUUAGUUUUGCUCAGGAUAAUUCAUACAAGGUGUUUUUUGUCGAAUCAAUAUGUGACGAUCCCGACGUCAUCGCGACAAAUAUCCUGGACGUGAAGGUGUCCAGCCCAGAUUACCCUGAGAGGGACAGAGAAAGCGUCAUGGAGGAUUUUCUGAAGCGAAUAGAAUGUUAUAAAGUGACCUACAAACCUUUGGAUCCGGAUGAACACGACAAGAACCUCUCCUUCAUCCAGGUCAUCAAUGUUGGCCGUCGUUUCUUGGUCAACAAGGUGCAGGACUACAUCCAAAGUAAAAUAGUGUACUACCUCAUGAACAUCCACGUGCACUCCCACUCUAUCUACCUCUGUCGGCACGGAGAGAGCCAUCACAACGUGGAGGGACUCAUCGGGGGAGACUCUGAGCUGUCAGAGAGAGGGAGACAGUUUUCAGCAGCACUGAAGGGUUUUGUUCAAGAGCACCAUCUGUCAGACCUGAAGGUUUGGACGAGCCAGCUGAGGCGCACCAUUCAGACGGCAGAGGAGCUGGGAGUUCCCUACGAGCAGUGGAAGAUCCUCAAUGAAAUAGAUGCUGGAGUGUGUGAAGAAAUGUCCUAUGAGAUUAUUGAGGAAACGUACCCAGAGGAGUUCGCCAUGAGGAGCCAGGACAAGUACCAUUACCGCUAUCCGGGAGGAGAGUCCUACCAGGACCUGGUUCAGCGGCUGGAGCCGGUCAUCAUGGAGCUGGAGCGACAGGGCAACGUGCUGGUCCUCUGUCACCAGGCCGUCAUGCGCUGCUUGCUCGCCUAUUUCCUGGACAAGAGCGCAGAUGAUCUGCCCUACUUGAAGUGUCCCCUGCACACUGUCCUAAAACUCACCCCCGUUGCUUACGGUUGUACGGUGGACAUGUUUGACCUGAAGGUCGAGGCUGUCAACACACACAGAGACAGACCAUUAAAUGCUGUGCCGCCGGCGUUCAUCCGACGAAACAGCUUCACCCCGUUGUCCAGCCAAGACCAGAUCAAACGGCCGCGCCUGUACAGCGUGGGCAACCCUUCGCAUGCUCGCAUGUCCCAGGCUCCUACUUUACCCAGCAUGCAGUUCUCUGAGGCGUCCGAGGGGGCAGAGAUGCUACAAAGCGAGGACUCUGUGAACGGUUUCAGUGCAGCACACACAGGCGAGCGGCAUUAAAGAACCACAGAAAGAGCCUUCAUAUCAAGGCUGCGAUCCAGGUCCGAUAUAUAAGAAUGUAGAAACCCCUUGUACACUCCACAUACUGUAGUCUACAGUCAUAUUAUGCUGUAUUAGAUGUAGAACAUGUUGAUUGUGAAUUUUACUCCUCUUUUUAGUUUUACUGUAAGAGAGUGCCUCUCUUUAAGGAAGCCACGUACAGCCUUAGUUUCCUUUAAGUUACCUUUUCAACAUUCCCAGGUGAUGAGCGUCCUUCCUCGGGCGGUCUCAUAAGAUGUAGUAAGAAUUUAAUUUUGAAGUGUAAUUCAAAGCUUAUCAAGCUUGCAGUAGGCAGACACGGGCUGUAAAAAGUAAUGAAAUGUUUCGUCUUGCCUUGUAAAAAACAUUGAAGCAGAUACUGUGCUUAUUUCCUCUGUGACACUUAUUCUGCUCUUCUCUUCAUUUGUGUUUUGCCUUCCACUCACAUACCAGCUUUAAUAUGUUC